GCCUGGCUCCCUCCCACCACGAACCCCUCAACCCUCACCUCUAGCGGGGAAAGGGGCUUCUAGGUCCUUUCAAAAAAAAAACAACAACAAACCACCCCACUCCUCUUGGGCUUUUCUGCAGCUGCUGGAGAGAGAAAUGCAGAAUGAAUGGACUUCUGGUUUCUGAAGGAGGCAAGGGAAGAAAGGUUGAAAACUAACUCAGCCAGAAACUGCUGUGUUUGGGAUUUUUCUUUUCUUUCCCUUCAUCUUCACCACAAACCCAUCUCUUCCCUGGGCAUCGAGACAUGGGCUCCUCUUGCUUUGCCUGGCAGAAAGACACCUGGAAAUGGGCUCCCUGAGACAGGAGGGCUGCUCAUCGUUUUCUGGCCGUACAUUGUAAAUGAAGUAAUGCACGCAGAAUAACAGACCAUUGUGUGCUGAGCAAGUGUGAAAUGCAUAGGCUGUGAUUCAACUCUUUGCUGCCUGCUGGAAUCCAACUGGCUCUGAAAUUGAGACAACUUUUAUUUCCAUUCAGUCGCUGAGUUUUCCUCUUGAUUGGAGUGCAUCUUGGAAUGACUUCUUCCGCAAUAUCCAUGCCUUCCCGAGACAGGGGCCUGCAUGCCGGACACCAUCACUUCCGCCCCUGCAGCCCCUUGAGUCCCUUCUUGUCGGGCCCCGUGGAGCCGCCGUCCAUCAAGGGCAUUUACUACCGCAGGGCCCGGAAGGUGGGCGCACUGGAUGCCUCCCCGACGGCGGACCUGAAGAAGGAGAUGCUGGUCAACGUGGGGGGCCGGCGGUACCUGCUUCCGUGGAGCACGCUGGACGAGUUCCCGCUGAGCCGCCUGAGCAAACUCCGCUUCUGCCGGAGCCACGAGGAGAUCGCGCAGCUCUGCGAUGACUAUGACGAGGACAACCAGGAGUUCUUCUUCGACCGGAGCCCCAGCGCUUUCGGGGUAAUCGUGAGCUUCCUGGCGGCUGGCAAGCUGGUCCUUCUGAGGGAGAUGUGCGUGCUGUCCUUCCAGGAGGAGCUGACCUACUGGGGCAUCGAAGAAGCCAACCUGGAGAAUUGCUGCCUGCGGACGCUGCUGCGGAAGCUGGACGAUCUGGCCGAGCUGCGCCGGGAGGAGGCCCUGCAGCGGCAGCGGGAGGCCAGGCGGCCCACCGUGCACACGUCCCGCUGGGGGCUCUUCAUGAGCCGGCUGCGCGAGAUGGUGGAGAACCCGCAGUCUGGGCUCCCGGGGAAGGUCUUCGCUUGUCUGUCCAUCCUCUUCGUGGCCACCACGGCGGUCAGCCUAUGUGUCAGCACCAUGCCCGACCUGAGGGCGGAGGAGGACAAGGGGGAGUGCUCUCAGAAAUGCUACUACAUUUUCAUCGUGGAGACCGUCUGCGUGGCCUGGUUUUCCCUCGAGUUCUGCCUGCGGUUUGUCCAGGCCCAGAACAAGUGCCAGUUCUUCCAAGGGCCCCUGAACAUCAUAGACAUCCUGGCCAUUUUCCCUUACUACGUGUCCCUCGCCGUGUCAGAUGAGCCCCAGGAGGAUGGCGAGCGGCCGGGAGGGAGCUCGUACCUGGAGAAGGUGGGGCUGGCGCUGCGCGUGCUGCGGGCCCUCCGCAUCCUCUACGUGAUGCGCCUGGCGCGCCACUCGCUGGGGCUGCAGACGCUGGGCCUCACGGUGCGCCGCUGCACGCGCGAGUUCGGCCUGCUUCUCCUCUUCCUGUGCGUGGCCAUCACCCUCUUCUCCCCUCUUGUUUACGUGGCUGAGAAUGAGUCUGGGCGGGUCCUGGAGUUCACUAGCAUCCCGGCCUCCUAUUGGUGGGCCGUCAUCUCCAUGACAACGGUGGGCUACGGAGACAUGGUACCCAGCAGCGUGCCGGGCCAGAUGGUGGCCCUCAGCAGCAUCCUGAGCGGCAUCCUCAUCAUGGCCUUCCCGGCCACGUCCAUCUUCCACACCUUCUCGCACUCCUACCUGGAGCUCAAGAAGGAGCAGGAGGAGCUGCAGGCCCGCCUCCGCCGCCUGCAGAACGCGGCCACGGCCGGUGAACACGAUCUCCUGAGGGACGUCAGUGACCUGAGCCUGGAGGGCCCUGCCUUGCCCAUCGCAUACAUUUAACUCAAAAUCCUCCCCUGAAGAUGCUAGACCUUCAGCGCAUGGC